GAACAUAUUCCUCCGCAUACUUGCAAAAACGCUGUAAUAAAAGGAGCCAUUGAAAUCAUGUCCCAACCCGAGAUCUCUUCGGCCGACGCUAACCCUGAGUGGACUCCCUCAUCGUGGCGCGAGAGGCCUGUGGCCCAAUCUGUUCAGUACCCUGAUGAGGGCAAACUUGGGAAAGUCUUAACCAAGAUUGAAAAGUUACCGCCGCUCGUCACGCCUUCUGAGAUCGAGCGCCUACGCUACCAACUUAGCCUGGUUCAGAAAGGCCAAGCGUUUCUCCUCCACGCAGGAGACUGUGCGGAGAGCUUCGACGCCUGCACACACGAAAAUAUCUCUGCGAAGAUCGGCCUCAUACUCUCCUUCUCCCUCAUUCUUCUCUGGGGUUCCCGACUGCCAAUCGUUCGUAUUGGUCGAAUUGCCGGACAGUAUGCGAAGCCAAGGAGUAGCGGAACAGAGAAGAUCGGAGACCGGGAGGUGACGAGUUUCAGAGGCGACAAUGUGAAUGGUCUCGAUCCUGAUGAUCGCACACCAGAUCCCGAGAGACUCCUGAGCGCUUACUUUCACUCAACAACAACGCUGAACUACGUCCGAUCGCUCCUUACCUCUGGAUUUGCGUCGCUCCACCACCCGAGAGAUUGGUCUUUCGCUCAUGUUAGGAGUAAGACCCUACGCUCCGAGUUCCAGAAAAUAACUUCUGGACUUGCUGAUGCGCUUGAUUUCACACAAACUAUCGGGCUUGGAUCUUCGGGUCCCGAGGCGGCGAGUUAUGAGCGAGGUGGAGGGAGAGGCGUGUUGGGCGAGGUGGAUUUCUGGACGAGUCAUGAAGGCCUGAUGCUCCCAUACGAGCAAGCCCUCACGCGCAAAUUCGCCGUUCCCGCCUCGGUCGCUCUUCCUUCCAAACCUACCGCCACCGCCACCUCCACCAGUACCACAUCUUCCACCCCACCCCAAUCGCAACCGGAAGCCCACUACAACACAUCCGCGCACUUCCUGUGGAUCGGCGACCGCACGCGUCAGCUCGAUGGCGCCCACGUCGAGUACUUCCGUGGCGUUCGGAAUCCGAUUGGUAUCAAAGUCGGACCGGGCGUGGAUGGGGAGGGGGUGGUGGGGUUGUUAGAGAUCUUGAAUCCGGAGAGGGAGAGUGGGAGAAUCACGUUGAUUACGAGGUAUGGGGCUGGGAAGGUCGAAAAUCACCUUCCGGGCCACAUCAAAGCCGUCCAAGGAUCAGGCCAUCCGGUCAUCUGGGUCUGUGAUCCUAUGCACGGAAACACCCACACCUCCACCACCGGCCUAAAAACACGCAACUUCUCCUCCAUAAUCUCUGAACUCACAUCCUGCCUCCGCAUCCACGCCGACAACAACUCUCGGCUAGGAGGCGUCAGUCUUGAGUUCACGGGCGAGGUGGACGAGGAGGGGUUCAGUGUGACUGAGUGUUUGGGGGGAAGUAUGGAGUUGGCGGAGGAAGAGCUGGGGCUCAGGUACCAGAGCUUCUGCGACCCAAGACUUAACUUCGAACAGUCGCUCGAUAUUGCAUUCCUCCUGUCCAAUCAUCUCAGGGAUCUCCGUCGUUCCUCCACCUCCGGCGCUGGCGAGGCCGAAGGCGCAAGGCGUGGAAGAGACGUAUUGUUCGCCGAGCUGGGAGGGAAGAUUUAAAGCCUGCCGUCGCGUCGCGUUGACUUUGGUUCUAAAAAGUAACCAUGAAAGUUAGCGGAGAUAAUUUAGGAGCAGCGGAGGAAUUACUGCAAUUGAAUGAUGGAUCCGUGAAUGCAGACCGUUGGGUUUCCAAAUCCUGCCCGGUUCUCCACUUGAGUGUUUCAGGUCUCUCCAUGCUUCAAAUCACCGUAUUCCCUCUCUAGCACCGGUCUGGAAGAAUUGCGUCUGGCAUGCAUUGCCGACCACCAUCCCAGAGUCUUUAUCGCGCUGACACGCCUGACUGUCAUUUGCUCUCGUUGCGUAGGUGUAUAUUUUCCCCGCUCUCUUCUGGUCUCAGUGGAGUACGGUCUUAACGGAGUGCAUAUUUUGUGACAGGGAUACAGUGAAAGGCUUCGAAGUCUUUACGUCCUUGUGGUCGACAUCAUUCGUACGACGCCGUCGCUCGUCGUCAAAUCCUCGAGUGAUCUUGCUUCGCACCCCCGGCUUCAUUCACGUCACGUUUCCA